AUGAGGGAGCCUGACAUGUUUGCCACCUGGAUGAAGUCUAUCGGUGAAACGGUCAAAUCGGUUGCUUCUGAUGAAAGUUCUUAUAGUUCUGAUGAAAAUACAGAAAGUGUUGAUGAACUUUCAGAAAGAUCUGGGGAGGUUUCAGAGAGUUCAGAUGAGAAGUUUGAUCAAUCACUAGUUGACAAAAGCAGUGAUGAUGAAGAAGAAAAAUAUAUAAAUGAGAAAAGAGCUGCUAGAGAACAACAGAAAGAAUCUGAAGAUGAUGUUCAGAAUGUUGAAAGUGUUGCUGAAAAAAUUACCGAGGUUGAGCAAGAAGAAGAAAAUGUGAUUGGAGUAGAAAAGAUGGCAAAACAUUUGAAGAUGUUAGCAGAAAGUGACAGUGAGGAUGAGAAGGCAAUGAAGAAAAAGAAGAAGGUAAAGACACCAGUUAGCAGCGAUGAUGAGACAGUACCGGUAGUGAGAAGAAAAAUGAAGGAAACUCCAAAGAUUUAUCCAAUGGCUGAAUGCUUGAAGGCAUUUGAAGAAGAUGAAAUAACUGUAGAAAAGGAUGCUGGAAAAAUUGCUGAUGAAAAGACUCCUGAGAAGAAGAGUGACACAAAGCAAAAGACUGACAAGAAGAAUUCUGGUUUUUAA